AUGUUCGUGUGUCCGAAUGCCUGCGGUCGUCAAUAUAAUGCUAAGGGAAAUCUUCACCGACAUUUGAAGUACGAAUGUGGGCAACAAAGAUUGUUCAAAUGCGACCAGUGUGCUAAAACAUUCUAUCAAAAAAUCGACGAUAGAAGGUUUAUAUGCCCGAAUUCUUGCGGUCGUCGGUACAAGUACGAAAGAGGAAUGAAAAAUCACUUGAAGUACGAAUGUGGUAGAGCGAAACAAUUCAUAUGUCGUCAAUGUGGCAAAGCAUUUGCUCACAAAUUGCAUUCGGAUGGAAUGUUUGUGUGCCCAAAUGCCUGCGGUCGUCAGUACAAACAGAAAUUCGUUCUUCAGAGACAUUUGAACUACGAGUGUGGCAAAGAAAAGCAAUUCAAAUGUCCCGAAUGCCCAAAAGCCUUCAGUCAUCGGAAAAGAUUUAAAAACACUUCGUCUUCGUACGUUUGUCCAAAUGCUUGCGGUCGUCGUUAUAAAUACAAACAAGGAGUUUAUACGCAUUUGAAGUUCGAAUGUGGACGCGAGAAACAAUUCAGAUGUUUCCAAUGCGGACAGUAUUAUGAAAUGUUCAUUUGUCCGAAUGCCUGCGGUCGCGAGUAUAAAUAUAAACGAGGACUUCAAACUCAUUUGAGGUUCGAGUGUGGACGCGAAAAACUAUUCAAAUGUACCGAAUGCCCAAAAGCGUUUUCUCGAAAGAGACAAAAAGCUGAAACGUUCGAAUGUCCGAAUGGUUGCGGUCGUCGAUAUAAAUAUAAACAAGGAGUUUACACGCAUUUAAGAAGAAGAGUCGAUCGAAACGUCAUCAUCGUUCACAUGUCCGAAUUCUUGUGGUCGAAGAUACAAGUACAAAAGAAACAUGCGAGCUCAUUUAAAGUACGAAUGUGGACGCGAAAAACAAUUCAAAUGCUCGCAAUGCCCUAA